UGCACUGUUUGUGUGUCUGACAUCAGAUGCUGCUGAUUCAGUGUGUGUGUGUGUCUGUGUGUGUCUGUGUGUGUGUGUGAGUGUGAGGGAGAGAACAUGGUCUAAGGCUGAGACACAAACAGAAGACACCACCCCCUUCCUCUCUGGGCUCGGCCAUUUGGCCGUCAGACCGUCCUCAGAGGGGGAGAGAGAGGAAAAGAAGAGGGGAAGUAGAGAGAGAGAGAGAGACGUGAGUAGAAGAAGAGAGGAGCAGCCAGAGAGACGGGUGAGGAGGGGGAGCAGGAGGAAUGAGUGUGUGAUGAAAAGAAAGAUAAGUGGCAAAGUGAGGGAACAUAAAUAAGAGAGAGAGGGACUAAGGGAGAGAGGAGAGAGGGAGAGAGAGAGAGGGGGAGAGAGACAGAGAGAGAGAGAGAGAUAGAAGAAGUGGCAGCAAAGAAGGGAAAGAGAGAAGUAGAAAACAGGGGGGAGUUGUCAGAGAUCGUAAAACUCCACAGCUGUGAACACUGCAGUCACACACACACACACACACUCUCCUGACACACAUGCUGCACACUCAAGAAUCCACACACACAGACACACACAUUGUGAGAGACUGGGACAAAAAGCUGAACGUCAGGGUAGCGAUGGGCUGGGAGCAUGGAGACUCCCAUUGACUUCUACAGACACUUCUCCUGGCUCAAAAAGGUGAACUUGUGUUCUCCAGUCAGCAAUGAAACCUACCAGGACCGACUGCUCCGCCUAGAGGGGGACAAGGAGUCUCUGGUGCUGCAGGUGAGCGUCCUGACCGACCAGGUGGAGGCGCAAGGAGAGAAAAUCCGAGACUUAGAAACUUCUCUGGAGGAACACCGGCAGAAACUGGCCUCCACUGAGGAGAUGCUGCAACAGGAGCUGAUCUGCAGGACGGGUCUGGAGACUCAGAAGCUGGAUCUGAUGGACGAGGUGUCCUGCCUCAAGCUGAAGCUGGUCGGCAUGGACGAGACGCACACAGACACACAACCACAAGAUGCCGUGGACACGAAGCAGAACAAAGCCGAGUGUGUGGUAAACCUCAUCAGUGAGCUCCAGGAGCAGAUGUGCAGGUUUCAGGCAGAGAUCAGCACUCGCAUCCAGGAGAAACGGGCCCUGGAGGAGCUGGAGGCCCAGCAGGGGGAGCCCAGAGGCAGCCAAGCCCAGGGCCAGGAGCCUCAGCCUGGGUUAGCCGGCUCUGACCUCAGCCUGCCCGGCCCUGACGCCUGGAUGCACAAUGGAGGACAGACUGUACACCAGGAUUUGUUGCGAGAAGUGAAUCAGCUGAAAAACAAAGUGGACGAGCUGGAAGGAGAGAGGAGUCGAUACGAGAAGAAACUCAGAGCCACCAAGGCCGAGAUCUCCGAGCUGCAGCAGCUCUUGGCCUCCAGAGACGCAGAGAUCGAGUGCCUGCAGACUCAGCUGCUCGCCAGGGACGGCUCGGCCAACGACAACGCAGAGAGAGACCAGGAGUACCAGAGGUUGAAGGUGGGGAUGGAGUCUCUGCUGGCGUCAAAUGAGGAGAAGGAUCGUCGGAUCGAGGAGCUGACGAUCCUCCUCAGCCAGCACAGGAAGAUGAGGGAGGUCCUCGCUCUCACUCAGGGGAGCAGUGAGGAGGAGCUGAGCGGCAGUUUGAAGCUCAGAGCCAUCACACACAAAGCUCACUCCGACAUCCUCCGGUCCGAGAUCUCAUCCAGAGGAUCUUCUCCACUGAUGUUAUCAUCCUCACCGUACCAGAGAGAACUGGACUUAAGCCUCCAAAACUCAAUGGACACAUCGUUGGUGUCGACUGCAGAUACAAGCUUCUUCAACGGCUCCUGGCAUCAGCGCAGGUUGUUGUCCAGCAGCCUGGAGGAGCUGCAGAGCGGAUCCUUACAAAAGGCUGUAGAGGUCCAACCUGCUGAGAGUGAAUCAGAUGUAGGGGCAGAGAAUCCUGACCUGGAGCUGAGCAAGUAUCAGACUCUACCUGGAAAGAGAAGUAAAAAGAGCGAGCGGAGACCUGAGAUGAACGGAGACGGAGAAUACUCGUCUCCCUCGCAGCUGUGUCCGGUUCACAGCCCGGAGCAGGACUACAGGCUGAGACAUCCAGAGAGGCUGGACGAGUUCGUCCUCUCAGACCAGUCCCCUCUGUCCUCCGGGGUGGACUCUGGACAACAGUCACCGGUCUCACCAGAGAACAGGAAGAGUCACCGAGGCAUUAAGAAGCUCUGGGGGAAGAUCCGCCGCAGCCAAUCAGGAAGCCCCGUCCAGGUUAUGGACCCGGAGCUGGGAGAGUUUAAGAGAGGAGGCUUCAGAGCCACAGCUGGACCCCGACUGGCCCGAUCAGGGAACACACGAGACCUGAAGUUGCCUUUCUCCAAGUGGAGCACAGAUCAGGUGUGUGAUUGGCUGGAGGACAUUGGACUCGGCCAGUACGCCGUCUUCGCUCGCCACUGGGUCACCGGCGGUCAGACUCUCCUGUCGGCCACCCCACAGGACCUGGAGAAGGAGAUGGCGAUGAAGAACCCUCUCCACAGGAAGAAGCUGCUGUUGGCCGUCAGGACGUUCAGCAGCAAGCAGCCGGAGAAGUCCUCGGAGCUCGAUUACAUCUGGGUCACACGCUGGCUGGACGACAUCGGCCUCCCUCAGUACAAGGAUCAGUUCAAUGAAGGACGAGUGGACGGACAGAUGCUGCAGUUCCUCACCGUGAAUGACUUGUUAUUCCUCAAAGUGACGAGUCAGCUCCAUCACCUCAGCGUCAAGUGUGCGAUUCACGUUCUCCACGUCAACAAGUUCAGCGCCAACUGCCUCAAGCGCAGGCCAGGCACUGAGAACCAGUUCUCUCCCAGUGAAGUGGUCCAGUGGUCCAACCACCGGGUCAUGGAGUGGCUGAGAUCCGUGGACCUGGCGGAGUACGCUCCGAACCUGCGGGGCAGCGGCGUGCACGGAGGGCUCAUCAUGCUGGAGCCUCGCUUCAACUCCGACACGCUGGCCCUGCUGCUGAACAUCCCUCCUCAGAAGACGCUGCUGAGACGCCACCUCACCACCAACUUCGACAACCUGGUGGGCGGCCAGGCGCAGCAGGAGAAGAAGGAGUACACGGAGGCGGCCGGCUACUCCCCCCUCAGCAUCGCGGCUAAAGUGAAGCCAAAGAAGUUGGGUUUCUCGAACCUGACUCACCUCAGGAGGAGACGAGCGGACGAGUCCACAGAUUACGUCUGUCCCAUCGAGUCGCCCUCGCCUCAGUCGGGACAGCCCGUGGCCAACGGGACACAGAUGCGUCCGUACGCCGGCUUCAGAGGCCUGAGCCCCAUCCUGGACCGGGAGCCGGACCAGUCCAGGGACCAGUCCAGGGACCAGUCCAGAGACCAGUCCAGGGACCAGUCCAGGGACCAGUCCAGGGACCAGAUGGCGAGCACAGAGGGCACCAUGUUGCAAAUAGAAGCUCUGUCUGAAAGCAUCAACAACCUCACACUCCUGCUCAGCCGGGGAGGAGCUGCAGAAGGAGAGGAGGCGGCCUCAGGCGGCGCUCGUUUGACACUGACCCAACGCUGCUGUCAAUCAACCGCCUGAAGCAGCCAAUCUCAGUCCUGCGCCGCACUCCAAGCCCCGCCCUCACUCUGCUGGUCACAUCACCUUCUACCAGCCACUGAUUCUCAUGAACAGGAAACACUGAUUUACAAAGGUCCCACUUUUUAAUGUUCUACGAUGAUGAGGUUUCAAACAAAGUGAAAUUCAUUCAUCUGGAAAUUUGAAGGCACAAAAACUCAGAAACAAUUUGAGGCUCGGGCCAUUUUACAAAGUUUAUUCAUUCACAAUAUGAAUGGGAUCAUGUUUACAAACAUAUCUUUACUACCACGUUCAUUCUUUGGAAUUAUGUUGUUCACUUUAUGAAGGAUGGAAUUCUGUCAUGAAUGAGUACGAUCUUUUUAUCCUCGUUAACGUGGUGAAGACAAGACAUAUGAAGGAUCCUGUGAUUAUGACUUAAAGUGGCUCCUCUGCUCAGUAUUAACAAAUCAACAUAUUGGUACAUUCCACACAAGCCUAACUUCAGUCAGGUUUAGACGUGUUAAACAUUUGUGAACAUGAGGAGCUUCAACAGCCCGAGGAAGAAGAACUCAUGGAGAAAUAUCACCAUUUCUUUGGAUGUUCACAUUUUUCUGCUCAUUCUGUAGUUUGAUGAUGAUGGUUCCUUGAUCCUGUUCGUCCCUUAGCACCUCGGUACAGAGCUGGUUCAGAUGUAUAUUACUGUAAAUAUUACUGUAAAUAUUACUGAAAAUAUUUAGGGCAGUAAAUGUAACAAUCAACCGAAGUGUACAACUGCACAAAUGGCCAAGCACUUGAUGAACUGUAUAAUGAAAUAAAAGCACU